AUGUUUUAUUGCAGUUUUGCUAUAUUUCUAAUUGUUUCCAUUGUUAAAGUCCAAACUGAAAAUGUGACAAUAACAAUAGCUUUAAACAAAACGACAGAUUUGUCAAACAAAGAACUAUAUGGAGAAUAUGUAAAUCUCAAUGCCUCAUCAACACUCCAAGUAGGCUUUACUGAUGUUUCAAAGUCAUUAGCGUUCAUAAUAUUUCAAGUACAUAGUCACUUUUACAAUAUCACUUUAUACAACAAUACUUUAACAAAAAGUUCAUCUGUUUAUGGCACUAACAUUGGAAUAUACAGUACAGUGAAAUCAACAUCUGACAAGUUUUUUAUUUACAACCAAAACAUGGUCAACGUAAAACUGUUCAUUGUGAUACAUGGAUAUAGUGCCAAAGAUCCAAUACCAGGUGGUUGUAACAUGGAAUUUCAACCACCAAUAUCACCAUCUAUGCAUAUAUCAUAUAACAAUGACUAUGUUCUUAUUGAAACUGCAUCAGCUAGAGACUCUGCCGACCUUGUGUGCACGUCCAUAUAUGAUGUAAUUGUAGAAUUUUAUUUAAUGUACUUACCAGAAAGGAGUUUUGAUUCAGAUACCUAUUUUAAAGGAAUUCAGGAUAUGAUGACUUUGGAUAAUAUUUCUGAAAAUGGUGAAAUCAUACCUCAAACGUCAUGGAGCAUGCGGCGUAUGCUAAGCGCUUACCCUGGCACAGGUGCUAUAUUCGUCGCGGUGGCUUACAACGCGCUCAAUCGUAGUGCGUAUUCAGUAUAUGUUCCGACAUAUACAUACGCUUGUUCACCAUUAGAUGAGAGUGGCUGUGAAUUACUUGAUGACGCACUGUCGCAAUUUCUUUGCGCAUCAUUACUAUUCUUUGGUCUAUUCAUUUGCUAUUUUGGGCACCGGUUCUUCAAGACUGAAAUGUUCUUAAUAGGGUCGAUCAGCGGUGUUGUUAUCACAUAUAUAUUGAUUUCAUUGAUAUCGGAAUUGGAGAGACCUGCUCUCCUGGGUGCAGCGAUACUGUCAGGCUUGUGCUUCGGCGCAAUUUGGUUGUUGUUCUGGUGGUUUUAUGGCAUACCCGUGUUCGCUGUACUGCUGUCCACAUUGAAUCUUGGAUUUCUAUUCGCGGCUAUCCUUUACUUCGGAAUGCCAGGUGGUUUAACCGCACUACAAAUUGACUUCAACUUCUGGGCCCUGUUCAUAUUAAUUAUGACACUUACAUCCCUUAUAUUAUUGUCCACGACCUUCCUCUCCGAUAUUCUUUGCUGCGCGAUAUUGGGCGCGUACGCAACUAUAUACCCUAUUGAUUAUUACGUAGGGUCCAAUUUGAAGUACAUCAUCAUCAAUACAAUUAGAAGGGCAGUGGUACCGAAGUUUAAUAACGCAGUGCUAUUGCCGCCAUUAGAAUGGAUGGACGCUAUUUUGACGGUAACCUGGCUAGCUCUGGCUUUAACGGGGUUCCUGUUUCAACACUACCAGAAUCGUGGACGACCACCGUUCCCACCUCCACCCAGAAGUAUCAGACCAACCAUGCCUGAUACCACUUACGGAACCACGGGAGAGAGAAGAUACGUCGAUGUUGCCCAAAGACCCACAUCAGCGCAUGAAGUUUACAAUGAAAGUACUCCUUUGUUAUUUUAA